CUAAUUCGCGUCACUAAUCUGGCGGUGAAGCAGAAACCCUAAGAUUCUUCUGGAUUCCGGCGAUCUUCUGUUGAGUGUCUUUUCUUUCCUCUGCCUCUAAGCGGCCCCCGUGUGAGCUCUUUGCUGCUGCAACAAUGGCGACCGUUAUGCAGAAGAUAAAAGAAAUCGAAGAUGAGAUGGCGAGGACCCAGAAGAACAAAGCCACGGCGCAUCAUCUGGGUUUGCUAAAGGCUAAACUUGCGAAGUUGCGGAGGGAACUCCUUACCCCAACUUCCAAAGGUGGUGCUGCUGCUGGAGAAGGUUUUGAUGUUACGAAAAGUGGAGACGCUAGAGUUGGUCUGGUUGGGUUUCCUUCCGUUGGCAAAUCCACGCUCCUAAACAAGUUGACAGGAACGUUUUCUGAGGUUGCUUCAUACGAGUUCACCACAUUGACAUGCAUUCCCGGUGUUAUCAUGUACCGUGGAGCUAAAAUUCAGUUGUUAGAUCUACCCGGUAUUAUUGAGGGUGCUAAGGAUGGAAAGGGUAGAGGACGGCAGGUUAUAAGUACUGCGAGGACGUGCAACUGCAUCUUAAUAGUUCUUGAUGCCAUAAAACCAAUAACUCACAAGCGUCUCAUCGAAAAAGAGCUCGAGGGAUUUGGAAUAAGGUUGAACAAGGAGCCUCCAAAUCUUACAUUCAGGAAGAAAGACAAAGGUGGUAUCAAUCUUACUUCUACUGUCACUACCACACACCUUGACCUAGACACUGUCAAGGCGAUUUGCAGUGAGUACCGGAUGCACAAUGCUGACAUCACCCUUCGGUAUGAUGCAACUGCUGAUGACCUCAUUGACGUCAUUGAGGGCAGUCGGAUAUAUAUGCCUUGUAUCUAUGUUAUCAACAAGAUCGAUCAAAUCACAGUUGAAGAGCUCGAAAUUCUGGACAAACUGCCUCACUACUGCCCUAUCAGUGCUCAUCUGGAAUGGAACCUGGACGGUCUGCUGGAUAAGAUAUGGGAAUAUCUUAAUCUAACUCGGAUUUACACUAAACCUAAGGGAAUGAAUCCAGAUUACGAUGAUCCCGUUAUCUUAUCUUCCAAGAGGAGAACCGUUGAGGAUUUCUGCACCCGGAUUCACAAGGACAUGCUUAAACAGUUCAAGUAUGCUCUUGUAUGGGGUUCAAGUGCCAAACACAAGCCUCAGAGAGUUGGAAAGGAACACGAGCUCGAGGACGAGGAUGUGGUUCAAAUCGUCAAAAAGGUAUGAUCUUUGACAAGGACUCGUGAUGGGCAGUGCAAAGAAAUCGUCUUUUUGCUCGUAUCUUGAGAAAGUUUUUCUCGAGCCGGAACAAAAGAUCCAUAGGUGAAACCUCGAAAGAGGAUUUUGUUACUUCCUAUGCAGAGACCAGAGACAUUUGCUUUCGUCGUUCUCGUUCUACAUUUGCAUUGUAUAUCCAAAAAAAACCUCAUCUCGUCAUGUUGUCGUUUGGACAGAGAUUCUCUCUCUUUUUUCAGUUUUGUCAUGGCUUUAGAUCUUGGGGGUGGUUCUCUUCUCGCGUCUGGUCGUCGUCCUUUAAUGGGAAUGAAUAUACGUGAUUGAUUCUGGUGUUAAGCUUGUCGGACUUUUUUGAUGUUUAAUUAUUUUACGUUCGCA